UUUCUCUUCCCUUCGUGGCUUCAAAUCCAUCCAUGCUGGCAAAUCCAAUAUCAUUCAUUCCCUCCUUAAAAACUAACCCCAUUUAUCCAAUUUCCUCCACACCCCAAUAACACACCACACAAUAUGGAUAUUUGGUCAUGGAUAUCUGAACUCCCCAACUCAGUUGAGUGGAACGAGUCCGACUCACCGCCCUUAUUCGAACUAGCUAGUGAUGGACAUAACGAUUCAGCUCGCUCUAUCCACCUCAAAGCUGAACGAACUUCCGGUUCAGACUCAGAAGCAGUAGUAACCUUCAUGGUUUUCUUACAAGGCUUUCAUCCCUUCAACGCUCAAAAGCCACUUUGGGUUUCCGAAAAAUGCACCAUCUCUUCAGAAAACCCUAACUUCCUCCCUCUCCUUCUCCAACUCCUUCAAGAAAUCAUAACAAACUCACCCACAGCGCAUGAUAGCACUUGCCCUAGGUCUCAGCUUCAGAAGCUGAAACCCGAACCUAUAGCAUGGAUCAUCGACUCGCACACACCGGAAUCUCUUUCGAUUUUCUUCAACCUCGUCUUCACAAUCCGUCUCUUCUGGCUUUGCGCUUGCGACGCGCCGAGUGAAGCAGGCUCACUGUACUUCAACUCACUACUAGCACCUAUUCUCGAAACGGCGUCGAGGAAACUAGCUUCGGUUCUUCGAACCUUCUUUAUAACAGUAGGCGUUGAUACUGAACUCUGCUUCAUGCGCACCCUUGGGUACAUAAUAGCAAAAUGGUGCAUUAUAAAAGAGCUAGGCGUAGGAUUACAAACACUAGUUCCUUCUCCGAAAUUCUCUUACGCGACGGAGUCUCACGGUUUAUGGAUUCUGAAAGGCUACGCGCCGGUUAUGACUAUGAAACUGGCGCGAAGCAAUGGGCAAAAGAGUAAAUUCCAUAGCAUCGAUGCUAAGGAGUCAAUAAUCAGAUACGGUCUCGCGCACCAUCAACUAGAGGCACACGUACAGUUAGAAUACACCGUCAGAUUUCACGAUGGAUUUAUUCAGGUUAACGCGCGUGUUGAUAAUAUUCGUCUCCACGUGGCGAGGCUCGGUUUUAAACACGGUGAUGACGUGGAUUUUGUUGAGGAGAAGCAUUUUCCUUCGCGGGCUCGAGUUUGGGUGGGUCCAGAAAUCGGAGCUACUUAUGUGGCGGGUUUGAGUUUGGGCCGGUCUACAGAGAAUAAUGAGAGAGAAGUUGAAAUUGAGAAGAAUUUGAAGGGUAAUUUCGAGAAAUCAGAGAUUUCGAAGGUGAAUGCAUCGGCGAGGUCGUCUCGGAGAAUGAGGACUAAGAGUUGGAGAAUGGAUCAGGAGGCUGAAGGGAAUGCGGCGAUAUUUGAUGUGGUUUUGCAUGAUAAUAUGACGGGUCAGGAAGUGGGUUCGUGGAGGCCAACAGGUGAUGAACCGGUUCAUGGGUUGAGAGGGAGAUAUGUUGGGGCGAAUAGACCGUUUAGUAAAAGUGGGUCGGUGGUGAUUGCGGGGGAUGAAUAUGGAGAAGAAGUGGGGUGGAGGGUUAGUAGAGAGAUGGAAGGGAGUGUUUUGAAGUGGAGGAUAGGGGGAGAGUUUUGGGUUAGUUAUUUGCCUGAUCAGGCAAAAAGUUCUCAUUUUGAAACAAGAUGUGUCCAGUGGUGUGAUGAAGUUGACUUGCCUAUAAUUCAUGGAAAAACAACAUGAUUAAUGUUUGUAAUAACUAUACUCCCUCCAAAUCAACCACAAAAAAGAGAGGAAGAGGUUAGUGUUAUAGUGUAUGGGUGGUACUAUGGUUUAGGUUCCAACCGGUAGUUUGUAAGCCACUGUGUAGAUCGGUGAAAUAAAUGUUUUAUUUAUUAUGUAUAUAAUAUAAGUAGUUUUUUAUUGUGGCAUGUACUCAAGUCAAAGAAUAAUUUUUUCACCGGUACAAUUGUUUUUUCCUCACUAA